GAUGGCGGUCACAGUGUUUUCGUUUCUCUCUUGUUUCCUGUAUAUUUCUACUGUUCUAUCAGCUUGCCCAGACCAGGAUCCAACACUAAAGCCCUGGUCAGAUGCUAAUUCCUGGCCCAGUGGACAAGUACCCCAGGAAAAUAGCCAGGUAAUCAUCAACUUUCCUGUUUUACUGGACAUAAGUCCCCCUCAGUUGUCCUUUAUUGAGAUACAGACCGGCGGUAAGCUCGUGUGGGGCAGGAAUGGCGACCACAGUGUACGGACAGGGCACAUCCUUAUCAAAAAUGGAGCGGAAAUGCACAUAGGAAGUGAAGACUGUCAAUUUGACAGGAAAGCCAAAAUUACGCUGCUAGACGAGCCGGAAGGAUCCAACGUCCCCUCGUUUGGUGAUAAAUUUAUCGGAGUAGAAGCAGGAGGAACGCUAGAGCUCCAUGGCAAGGACAAAAGGUCAUGGACCAAACUGACAAGGACAGCACCUAAAUACAACCCGACACUCGGCGACAUUUACAAACACAGAGAUAACUCACCAAAUAGGUCACCAGGAGUGUUCGUUUAUCAUUUCUCGGUGUCCGUACCAGAGGAUUAUGACAUGGUUAACGACCAAGCUGUGUUUGUUAGCGGAAGCAUUAACCAAAGAAUCGAUUACUGGAAUCAAGAAAAAGUGGACUCAGCGAUAGCAAAUCUUACCAAUUUCUUGAAUGGUAUCCCAGAUGAUGACAUAUUUGCAAUUGCCACACAAAAGAACUUUUUAGGAUCUAAGGACGUGAGUGCCCUUUAUAGCGUCAUGGACGCACUGGGUGCCACAACAUUCAAACUGGCAACGACAAAUGACGCUUACGUAGCCAUCGGCCGAAAAGGUCACACUUCUUCGGUUCAAGAAGAGUUGGGCGGUGAUGCUUCAGGUGGUGCUGAUUAUAACGAGGCCUCCAUUACUUAUGUGGUACCUGAUAUAGAAAGAGAAAUAACAGUGACUUCUUACAACCAUGGCAUCGAGGAAUGGCGUAGCUACACGGACUUCCACGUCAUUAACACCAUACUCACGAGACCUGUUAUAUCCGUGCACGAUGACGUAAUGAAUGAAUGGAACGUGGGAGAUAAAAUAUUCAUCACAUCCACUGACUAUAGGUGGUACCAUGUAGAAGAAUUUACCAUCAUAGAGUGUUCUCAGUGUCCUCUAAAUGUCAUAAGGAUGGACCACUCUCUGAAGUAUGAACAUUAUGGAGAGAUAUACAAAAGAGUGGACAUGCGGGCGGAAGUAGGAUUGAUGACCCGAUAUAUUCAUAUAACGUCAGAGGUUUCCGAAGGAAAGACUAAUGGUGGACAUGUCAAGUUUCUGAAAGGUUUUAAACGUGUGGCUGUCGAGGGAACAGAGCUUACUAAUCUGGGCGACCCACUGAUUUUAGGUCGAUAUCCACUUCAUUAUCAUAUGUGUUAUGAUCUCGCGGAUCGUACAUUGUAUCCUCAGGAAUCGUACUUAAGGAGGAACUCUAUACAUCAUACUCAGUUCCGAUGUAUGACGAUCCACGGAACGCACUCAGCAUAUAUCACAGACAAUGUGUGCUAUGACAGUGUGGGUCAUGGUUUCUUCCUUGAAGACGGCGGGGAGAAAAACAUCACAUUUUACAGAAACCUUGGACUGGGACAGAGGCGAUUUAAGGGGGACACUGUUUUAGGGGUUACAGGCGCGAUUCCAGCAGACAAAACAAAGGGUCCAGCGACAUUUUGGCUUACUAGUCCAUUGACAACUUUGGUGAACAAUGUAGCUGCGGGUGGCGAAGGCAUUGGUUUCUGGUACAUCUUUUCACAUAUACCAACUGGUCCCUCGGUCGAUAAAAAUUUUAUGCAACCAGGAGAAGCACAGCAUACAAGAAUAACCAAGUUUUUGGACAAUUCCUGCCACUCCUACGAAACGUGUCUUUUCGUUGAUAAUGAGCUUAAACAAGACUUGACCUUCGGAGGAUACAAUCAUUAUACCCCUAAGGUUGAUCCUCUGGAUCCUAGUUCACCCCCUGCUCCUGCGGUAUUUGAUGGUUUUACAGCCAGUAAAUGUAUCGUUCAGAAUUUAUGGAUUCGUUCGUCUCCUGUUAUUGUCAGAAGGGCAUCACUUUCAGACAGCCGAUUUGGAGCUUUUCUUUUGAGAGAGGAAUCGAUAUGGCAGAUAUUUGAAGACAGCGUCAUUAUCGGUCUCUCGGAUAAUGUCGGAGAAAAUCUCUCUUUCAGAGAUAGAGAUAUAACUGGGUUCCGUUUUUCAAAAGGCCCAAUAACAGUAAGGAACACUUGGUUUGGCGGAUUUGAAUCAUCUGCAGUGAGAACAGCCGCGGCUAUCGGUAAUCAGGAAUGUAUGCGUCACAACGAUCCAAGGAACGCUUUGAAUAACCUUAUGUUUGACUUUAAUGAUGGACCGGGAAAAAGAUUCUUAUUCAGAGAUUGCACAUCAAGAUCCCCAGAUGCUGAUGCAAUAUUUUCACUGAGGGACAACAGGAAAGCUUUGUCAAAUAGUGACGUCACAAUAGUUACCAGUAAGCCAUUCCUGCUAACAAAGGAAUGUAAAAUUAGAUCAGGGUGGAAUGCUGCUUAUUGUCCCUUUGUGUAUGGAAAGGUACUCGUGACAUAUACAGAUCGCUUUAACAGCGAUAUGCAUGUGUACAGGACAGACGGCAAUCUGCCCUCAUUACACCUAGUCAUGGACAUGGAAAAACAUUUCCUCCCGAUUCUGGGGGGAUCUCACAGCUAUCUAGUCAGAAUAGCAGGGACACUCCCGUCUUCCGUCAACUUCGACGCCAGAGCGAUUUCAAAGAAAAACAAUGUGCUUAUUGCGUUUUGCGUCCCACGAAACGCUGAAAUUCGAUUUGAGUAUCGAAUGGAGAAUUUUAACAGACGACCAGUCCAUGCGGUAACUUCGAGGCAGGAGGUGGUGGCUAGCGACACUGUUGGUACUUACUUUUAUGACAGCACUGUUGGAGUCAUCUUUUUCAAACUGAUGCACGAAGAGGAUUAUGGAGUCGAUGAAAUCGCCCGUUGUCCUGACAACGUUUGCCCUCGUGCUAGAGUUCUAGUGACGUCAGGAGAUCUCACCGACUCUAACUGCGUCAGUCGGUUUAGCGCUGUGCCAGAGUACAUCCAAUCAUCAACGGGUACUGCCACUAAUGAUGAUUCUGUUUUGCUGGCCACUUCUGCAGAUCCCCCAGAGACAAUUGGACAUGGAUCAACAUAUCCAUUCUAAAUCGCGAAGUUCUCUAGAGAACAGCUACAAAAGACAUCUUACAUGCAUAUGUUUAAAAAGAAGACAUGUUUGGAUCGCCUUUCAAUAUAAUGUAGAUUUGUAGUAAUAAUACGCAAGAGAAUUGUCAUAUGCAUUAAAAAUUUGACUUACUAAAACCUC